UCUGUGUGUUAGCCAUGUGAUAAAUGUAAUGCUGAUUUGUUGAAAUUAACGGUAAUCAAAUGUAAUGUAGAUUAAAUAUUGUUUUAAUCACACAAAUAACUAUCCACGGCACAUAUCGGGAAAAGUCCAGUAUGUUUGUGGUGGUGGAGAUGGUCGACACAGUGAGGAUUCCUCCUUGGAACUUCCAUCGGCAGCUCAACGAUGCCAUCACUGAGGAGCUCAACAAGAAACUGGCCAACAAGGUUGUGUAUAAUGUGGGCUUGUGUAUCUGCUUGUAUGACAUCACUAAACUGGAGGAUUCCUACAUAUUUCCUGGAGACGGAGCCUCUCACACCAAAGUUAAUUUUAGGUAUGUGGUGUUUCGGCCGUUCCUGGAUGAGGUUCUGGUUGGGAAAAUCAAAUACUGUAGUCAGGAGGGAGUGUAUGUCAGUCUCGGCUUUUUUGAUGACAUCUUAAUCCCACCAGAGUCUUUACAGCAACCAGUUAAAUUCGAUGAAGCCGAGCAGGUGUGGGUGUGGGAAUACGAGACAGACGAGGGAGCUCACGAUCUCUACAUGGACCGGGGUGAGGAGAUCCGAUUUCGGGUUGUGGACGAGAUCUUUGUGGACACGUCUCCCACCGGUCCCACUAAAGAUCCCGAGCCUCCUGCUAGCAAUGCCAGUGCUGCUCCGGCUCCAGACGACAGCGCACAGAAGAAAGAGGCUCCGUACACACUGAUGGCCUCCAUCAGUGAACCUGGACUGGGUCUGCUGUCCUGGUGGAACAGCUAGCAAUAGUAGGAACUUUGGCCUCACGCACUUCCUUUACAGAGCUGAUUCACAGGGAUAAACAUCUGUGUUCAAGAGCAGCUGCUCUGUAUUGUGGUUCAGUCAUCGUCAUUGCAGGCUCAUGAAUGGAAACAUCUGGAAUGACACAAACAUCACAACUGUGUUUUGCCAUUACAUGACUUUGCUACUGAAGGUGUCUAGAGAACAUGAAUAUACUUCAAUUGUACUGAGAAAUCGCCUGGCAGGUAAAAGCCUUGUCCUGAUGCGAGGCACUGAGACACACGCUCAUCAAAUUUGCAUGGACGCCGUCUCUGUCUCAAAAAUAGAUGACCUUCCUUUCAAAAAUAAGUUGUACCCAGUAUGCUGCAGUAAUCACGUGACGUUGCUGCUAGUCUUACUCAUCGUGAAUUCUGAUUUUUAUCUUACUUAAAGAGGCCUUAGAAAUAAAUGCAAACCUCUAUAAAAUAUUUAUUUAUUUUGCUUUAAACCUUCAAAAAAGUCAAACCACAUUAUGGAAACAUUUUGGUGCUUUAUGUUUAAUCAACCAACAUUGUGGAUGCUGGAUAUUACUGAGUGGUUGUAUAAUUCUACCAGAUUGUAAUAAACAGUUCUUCUGUA